GAGGGCGGGGCCGGGCGCGGAGCAGGAGCAGAGCGCGGCUGCAGAGUGAGCAGCAAGCAGCGGGGAGACACAGCCCUUCGCCCCAGCCAGCCUCCGCGUGUGUUCCCUCUGUCGGGAGAGCGCCAAUGCCUGGGCCGACCCAAACCUUGUCCCCAAAUGGCGAGAACAACAACGACAUCAUCCAGGAUAACGGGACCAUCAUUCCUUUCCGGAAGCAUACAGUGCGCGGGGAGCGGUCCUACAGUUGGGGAAUGGCGGUCAACGUGUAUUCUACCUCGAUAACCCAGGAGACUAUGAGCAGGCAUGACAUCAUUGCAUGGGUUAACGACAUCGUCUCUCUAAACUACACAAAGGUGGAGCAGCUCUGUUCAGGAGCCGCCUAUUGCCAGUUCAUGGACAUGCUCUUCCCAGGCUGUAUCAGUUUGAAGAAAGUAAAAUUCCAAGCAAAGUUGGAGCAUGAGUAUAUCCACAAUUUUAAACUUCUGCAGGCAUCGUUUAAGCGGAUGAAUGUUGAUAAGGUAAUUCCAGUGGAGAAGCUGGUGAAAGGGCGUUUCCAAGACAACCUGGAUUUUAUUCAGUGGUUUAAGAAAUUCUACGAUGCUAACUAUGAUGGGAAGGAGUAUGAUCCUGUCGAGGCGCGACAAGGGCAAGAUGCAAUUCCUCCCCCUGACCCUGGUGAACAGAUCUUCAACCUGCCCAAGAAGUCUCACCACGCCAACUCCCCCACAGCAGGUGCGGCUAAAUCGAGCCCCGCAGCUAAGCCGGGAUCCACACCUUCUCGCCCCUCGUCUGCCAAAAGGGCUUCAUCCAGUGGCUCCGCAUCCAGAUCUGACAAAGAUUUAGAAACACAGGUCAUACAGCUCAACGAGCAGGUACAUUCGUUGAAACUUGCCCUAGAAGGUGUGGAAAAGGAGAGAGACUUCUACUUCGGGAAGCUGAGAGAGAUCGAAGUGCUGUGCCAGGAACAUGGGCAGGAAAAUGAUGACCUUGUGCAGCGACUAAUGGAAGUACUCUAUGCUUCAGACGAGCAGGAGGGCCAAACAGAAGAGCCAGAAGCCGAGGAGCAAGCCCAUGACCAGCAGCCCCAGCAGCAAGAAGAGUACUGAACCGCCUCAGCAGCUCUUGACACUUCCAUCGUGUGUAGGGACUUUUCUUCUGGAGAAUUGGAACGUGUGUGGCCUGGAGCUCAGUAGAAACCAGCUGUUCCCAACCUGCCGUUACUAUCCAUCCGCCGCGAUGUCGCAUCGCCAACCAUUGCACUUGGUCUCCAUUUCCUUUGCCAAGAUGCGUUAGCAGAUGGCUGUUCUUUCUGGUCAUCUACCUGCGAGGUCAUAGGGUCACAUACCUUCAACUUCACCACUCGGCUGCUUGAAAUUGGUUCUACUCUUUCCCUUGUUUCUUUCCAGAACAGCUCUUUCCCACCCCAACACCACCACCACCACCACCAUCACCACCGCUACCACCACCACCCCUUUUUAUCCUGGUGUGAAACAAUGGUAAUUUGAUAUAUGGUAUUUAUAUUGGCAUUUCUCAACCCAGUGUCACUAGAUGUCACACGCAUUUGUGGUGCUUUGAUGUUUGCGAGUCUAACCUCCUAUCAUAAAUUUGGUCAGAUUAAGUAAUUGGAACAAAGGGAAACAGAUCCUUGAUAUGAAAGCCAUAAGACAGUAGCUUGUGUCGUGGGAAGAACGCAGUUUCUCCCUCUACUCAUAACACUAAGGGGAAAAGAAUGGAUUUCAGAACUAGGACUUCAGGGCCCAGCAGUGUUGAUAGAGCAGCCUAUCAGACAACCACACAGACGACAUUCACUCCCAGACAACACCAUCUCAGCUUCGCCUCGGCUCCGUGUGCCCCUGCCCGCCCGCCCGCCCCACUUCCCAGCUUCCCGUGUUGUUUUCUUUUCUCAGGGUCCUCUUUGGUGGGGGUCCAUUCCCCGCAAGAUGUUGUCAUUGGCAGUCUGCAGUUGCAAAGGCGGGGGCGGGGGGGGGGGGGAGUCUCAGAAGGCACAAGCCUUCCCGCCUCAUUCCUCUCCCCCUUUGUGAGGGCUUCAACCCAGGCCCCGCAAUUCCCAUGAGUUAGGGGAUCUGUGUAACUCGAGGGUGUACCCAGCAUGCCAGCCUUCCGCACCGUGUUGGGACUGGCUGCAAAGGUGGAAAUGAAGACUUGAUUAGAAGCAUGGUUUCAGUGACUCCCACUACCUUCCGGAGUAAGGACCCUCCCCGUCUCUGCAACACAGGGGCCCUUGUCAUUGACAUUUGCUCGACCGUGGCAAUUCAUAAAUAAAUAGGAGACAUUAGUGAA